AGGCCAUGCUUGACAAAGCCACGAGUCAUACUAAAAGUAUGCCCAGAAAAGUGAAGACAAGGCCAAAGCUCUGGAGAAGGAGGUGAACAGUUUACAGUGGGAGCUCAGCUUUCAUCAGGUACAGAUGAAGAAGCUGAAGCAAUCCUGGGAGCAGAAAUACAACAGACUAUUGAGUGAGAAUCAGACUCUGACUGACAACAUAGAGGAAAUGGACACCAAGAUCCAGGGCCUCCAAGCAGAAAACUCUGCUCUCAGUCGGAAAUACUUGGAGGUCUUCUCUAUGCUGAAUUUAAAGGAGCAGAGAGUUUACCAAGGAACCCAACCUCAGUGCAGCCUAGACAGAAACACCAGUGUUUUGGAGAUGGCAGUGCUGGGGGCCUGCCGGUGUCAUGGUGUUACUGAAGCUUGUCCAUGUAGUCGGAUUGCUGCUGCCAGCAGGAAGCAGCUUGUUGAAUUGCAACAGGAGCUUGAUGCUGAGCAUUCAAGGAGACAGGAAGCCUUGAUGGUUGCAGAUGCUUUUCGCAUUGCCUUCGAACAACAACUGAGGAAACGAAGUGAACAAUUCCUACUACUGGCCGAGGCCAAAAUCCUUAAAUCCCAUCACUGUAAAGAUGAAGGUCUUAACAGGAAUCCUUUAGUCAGCGUAAGCCAGAGACUUAGGGGAUUGCUACCUUCUGGUUUGGAGAAGAAAAUGCCUGAGGAUCUUUCAGAGACUCUCUACAAACUGAUGGACUUGCUGAAUGACAGGGAGGAGGCCCUGGCCCACCAGAGGAAGGUGAGCAUCAUGUUAGCUCACAGCGCAGAGGAGCUGCAGAGACAGUUGCACCUAGAUUCACAUUGCCAACUGCCAGAUCAAUCAGAGUCCAGGAUCAAAUCUAAGCAAACAGUAGAUCCAUCAAUGAACCAUAGCCAAUCUCAACAAACACUUGAUGCCUCAGAAUCUAAAAUAUCAGAAGUCUUACCCAAAUUUAAAACACAGCCCAAAUAUGAGCUAUCAGAUUCCCAGCUUCAGCUGGCCCAACAACCGCAUCAAAACAGCCACAAGCCUGAAAUUUAGCAGUCAGACCAAUCACUAUCCUGAUCCAUUUGCAAGAUCUACCAGAUGACAUGUCUCAGCUGCAGACACGGUAAUGGAGGUUUAAUUUAAAAGAAAAAAACACAAUAUGUAUGAAUCUAAAGUGUAAUGGAAGUCUACGAUUUCGCCUGAGUACUCGCUGCUUACAUAAACUGUAAACUCACCAGGACAAAAAGGAUGCGAUUGAACUUUCAUGAAUUCUUUCCCUUACAAUAUAUAAGCCAUUUUCUGCCACUGCUGCUGUCAUUACAGGUUUCUUAACCUUAUGCACAACUUGAUUUCUGUUGUAGGUGUUGAUCUACAAAUACAUAUAACUUAGAAGGCUCGGAGUCAGCAAAGUGUAGUAUAUCCUCCUGCUCCCCUCCUUGACACUCCUCACUGAUGUGAGGAGGGACAAAGUGGGUGAAGUUUUAACAUUGUUCUUUGAAAUAAGCCAGGCCAGUGCAGAGUUGAUUGCUACGCAAUGCAUUCUGAUUAGAUUUCUGUCUGAUUUGAACCCUGAUUCCUCUAAAGAUGUAGGCAAUAACCUCAAAAGAUCAAGGCGGCUGCAGGUUUUAGUUGUUUAGUUGCUCUACUCUAACUGCAGUGAAUCAGGACAUGAUGGAAAAUGCCUCACUUUCACCUGAUCUCACAGUCAACUGACUCAGAUGCUGGCUCAAUGAGGAUAUUUUUUCAAAACUUUUUAAUCUUCAUAGAUUGGAAUCAUUAAAAUUUUGUUAGCCCGGUUUCAAAGGUUUAUUCUAUUAACAGAAUAAAUGUUGUCUGGUUGAUGAUUACUGUUUUCAGUCUGAGAGGCUAAUAAAAUUCAUAUUACAGAUCAUAAACUGUAUAUACAGUGGGUCCGGAAAGUAUUCAGACCCAUUGAAAUUUUUCAC